AAAACAAACUCCACAGCACUUCCCUCAUCUACCGCCAUUCAUUUUGCAGCAAUCAAAAACCCCGUUCCCAAGUCCUCUCGUCGUCUCUUUCCGAUUUCCCACAAGAAGCUUCCUCUUCUCUCAUUCACAGCCCCCAUUUACUAUCAAAACAUUCUCAAAUUCCAUUUCCAAUAACUAAUUUUUCGUUCCAUCACAAUUAUCCGAAAAUGGGCAUGAUUUUGGGGAAAAUCACUGUGGAAACACCAAAAUACGAAUUGAUUCAAUCUACAGCUGACUACGAAAUCCGCAAAUACCCAGCAUCUGUUAUAGCACAAGUCACAUAUGAUCCAACCCAGUUCAAAGGAAACAAAGACGGUGGGUUUAUGCUAUUAGCCAAUUACAUCGGCGCACUUGGCAAUCCUCAAAACGCUAAGCCUGAAAAAAUCGCCAUGACAGCUCCUGUAAUCACCAAAUCGUCCGAAAAAAUCGCGAUGACUGCACCAGUGGUGACUAAGUGUGGUGACGGAGAGAACAAUAUGGUGACGAUGCAGUUUAUUUUACCAGCAAAGUAUACAAAAGCUGAAGAGGCACCUAAGCCGUUGGAUGAAAGGGUGUCAAUUAAAGAAGAAGGGGAAAGGAAGUUUGGUGUAGUGCAGUUUAGUGGGACUGCAAGUGAUAAAGUGGUGAAAGAGAAAGUGGAGAAUUUAAGGAAAUGUUUAGAGAGAGAUGGGUAUAAGAUAAUUGGUGAUUAUGAGUUGGCUAGGUAUAAUCCGCCAUGGACAAUUCCUCCAUUUAAGACCAAUGAAGUUAUGAUUCCAGUUGAGUGAGCUGAAAAUGGUGUAUAAAAAAGAAAAACAUGAAACUGUGCUGUGAAGCUAGCUUGUGAACGUGCUUUAUCUUGUGUUUAUUAUUGUGUUGUGUAUUUCUUGUUUAUAUGUUUACGUUGUUGACAAUGUCUUUGCACACUUGUGUCAAUUAUUCAUAGUUAUAAUUAGCACAUAUUUUAUCUCA